UGCAGGAUUUCGCUUAAAUAAGUGUUGUGAUGUAAAAUUCGUUUAUUUCUCAUCCUUGUGAAAUUAAUUUGUGUAACAUGCGUUGCAUAUCCAUUGUUGGAGUUAUGUGGCGUUAGCCAUAAUACGGAAUCCAAUAAGUUUAAGUUCCAGGCAUAAAAACCGUUUAAAAAUUGUGAAAAAAAAUUCCUGACACAGGCCGAAGUAUAUGUUAAUUUUUUGCGAAUUCACCCACGAAAUCUGCGCGUCGAUUUGAGAAAUUGAACAGCUGAUUAAUAUACGUGUGGCGCUGCUGCGUUGUUCCGUUGUACUAGCGGAUCGAGCAUGGUCUUGCAUUGAAGUCAGGUGAAUUUGAGUACCUUGAUAAGUAUUUAAAAUGAGUUCCGAGGCCUCAGUCGCCGGUUGCAGUGUGUGCGGUAGCAAUCAGAAUUUGUUGCGUUGCGGUCGUUGCAAGACGAUCUUGUACUGCUCGAAGGAUCAUCAGAAGCAGGACUGGAAGAGGCACAAAGUGGCUUGCACCAGUCCGGAUUCAAUCGACAAAAAGUAUUGCCACUACGUCGAGGAUCCAAUUAAGAAUAACGUGAUACCGGUUGAGGGUAGUUCAGAAAGUGAAAUUUUGAGUUGCAUCGCUCAGGACUUGUCGCCGAAUUUGGAGUACACGGAAACCGACAGGACUUCGACGGAGAAAUCCUUGAAGUCGGCAUCAGAAGCAAUGCCGAUCAGCGGCGAGAACAUUGUCAAACCGAAGAAGUCCUUCAUCAAGGACUUCCCGGAAAUUACUUUGCAAAAGGAGGAGCAUCUUGUUCAUAACAUUGAUGAAGAUGAAAUGUGCAGGAAUGUUAUUAGAGAUCUGACUAACUAUGGGCUAUGCGUUGUUGAUAACUUUUUGGGACAAACAUUAGGAAAGACUGUUCUAAGGGAGGUGCUAAAUCUGAAUAAGCAAGGUGUGUUUCGAGAUGGACAGUUGGUUUCUACUAAAGGGAAUAAGAGUGACUUGAAGACCAUUCGCAGUGAUCAAAUUUGUUGGGUGGAUGGCAGGGAGCCAUGCUGUAAGAACAUUGGGAAUCUGAUUAGCAAAGUAGAUACAUUAGUUAUGAGGGCCAAUAGAAUGGUCAACAAUGGCAAACUUGGAGAUUACAAAAUCAAGGGACGAACAAAAGCAAUGGUGGCGUGUUACCCGGGCCUAGGAUCUCAUUACGUGAUGCACGUGGACAACCCGAACAGGGAUGGUAGGUGCAUUACGGCAAUUUACUAUUUGAAUCUUAAUUGGGAUGUGCAACAGAGCGGCGGUUUGCUGCGGAUAUUCCCCGAGGGUUGGAGAGGAGACAAAGUGGCCGAUAUCGCUCCACUUUUCGACCGGCUGUUGUUCUUCUGGUCGGACCGACGAAAUCCCCACGAAGUUCAGCCGGCGUACGACACCCGAUAUGCAAUAACCCUAUGGUAUUUUGAUACUGUAGAACGGGAGGAGGCUCUCCGGCGAUUUGCGAAAGAACGGAGCAACUCGAAAUCUUCAUCGUUGUCAGAAUGACCCAUUUUGGGUUUGCGACAAUAGAAUCCAUGAGACUGUGCUUGGUGGUCCUAUGAUUGUGAUAACUUGAUAUAGUCCGAGGCCUUGGUGGUCUUAUUUAAUAUCCAUAUAUACAUAUAUGACACAGUUUAUGUAACAAGGUCCAGUACAUCUGCAAAAUAUCCGGAUUUAUGGAUAAUUUUACACUGUACUCUGUGGUUCAUUGUGAAAGGCCUUGAUUGUGUGAUAUUUAAUCGUUUUUUAUGAAUCUUAGCCACCAGUUUUCUAUCAGUUUGAUUUUAAUAAGUAUUUCUUUAAUCUAUAUUCUAGUUAUUAUCUAAUUAGGAGUUUUAACUGUAUAUAAUAGACUAACAGUAACAUGUUUGUUACCAAAUAUGUUGUAUAAUAUGUACCUACUUAAAUAAUGUAUCUUGUUGUAUCAUAGGGUUGCUAAUAAGUAAACUGCUCAAAACACAUUUACUUGACGAAGAUAGUUGUGUUGUGUGAAUCGAUGUAUAGCGAGAUAAAUAAAUAGGAUUUAUAUAUUUUAUUACUACAAUGAUAUUGUAUAUAUACAAAAUAAAUUCUAUAAAGAGAAAAGUGUAUAUAAAUAUUGUUCAAAUUCAAGAAUUGAAAAUGUUUGAUUUUUAAUUUACUAAUAAAUAUAUAAAAUAAAUACGUU